AGAAGAAGAGUGUGGUGCUGCUGCGGAAUUCGACUAUACAGAUACUACUGAUGGUAUGAUGCAACCAAACAGAGACAUUACAGCGAAACUUCGCGGUGAAGCAUCUUUUUCAGGGGAUGGCGAACAAUUUCCGCUGAUCUUUAGUCCAAACGAGGAGGAAGCCGAGAGUGGUAAAGGAGAAGCCGAGUGUGGUGAAGGUGAAGCUGAGAGUGUAGAAGGAGAAGCUGAGAGUGACGAAGAAGAAGAUGAGAUAGACGAAGGAGCUAUUGAUUUUGAUACAAUGUCAGUCUCUGAUUGUUUGCAUUAUUUUGCAUUGUAUACCAAUCUAAAGCACUCGGCGAUAAAUAUGUUGCUUAAGAUUUUGAGGACGAAGACUAAUUUUGCUCUCCCAAAAGAUGCCAGAACGCUUCUAAACAUCAAUAGAAAGCGUCCAAAAAUAAAAGAUCUGGGAAAUGGUUCAUUCUGGAACCGUGGCAUUAGGAAAAGUCUAAUUCAAAGUUUACGAUUUGCAACAAUAUCAGAAACACUAUCUUUAAACAUUUUCUUCGACGGGCUUCCGUUGCACAACAGCAGUAAAAUACAAUUUUGGCCGAUCAUGAUCAACAUAAAGGAAAUGCCUCAGAUUGCCCCAAUCACAGCAGCUAUUUUUUGUGGACGUACCAAACCAAAAGAUGUGAGAAGGUUUAUGAAACCACUGGUUCAUGAGCUGAAUAUGUUAAUGGACGUUGGUAUGGUGCUGAAUAAUCGUCGAGUCACAAUUAAAGUACGGGCAAUAAUAGCGGAUUCUCCUGCCAGAGCUUUUUUAAAAGAUCUUCGACAUUGUCUACGAAUGGAUGGUCAAAACCAGUAAGAUUAGUAGUACUUACUUCGGUAUGAUUAAGUAAAGUAUUUAAUUGUACUUCGAUUAUGCCGAUACGACUCACUAUUUUCUUUUGUUCUUUUAAAAUCUGCUUUUGCUCAUUACGAAGCUCUAUCAUCAUAUUAGUUUGGGCUUCUAGUAUUUCUUUUAUCGUCUUGUCACGUGAAACUUCUUCUGGGACUACCUCAACUGAACCAACAUAUUCAUCCACUUCUGACAAACUUGGUGUAAGAGGCGACAUAGGUGGUGAGGAGAUGUCGAUUUCAUUCUCGACGCGGAUUGGAGUUAAAGAGUUUUCCACAAUUCUUGUUGAAAACAUAUCAGCGUAUGAAGUUGUUUCUCUGCAACUAGCUAAUAUCGGUUCCUUU